GGCUAUUUAAUCGAACAGGUACAACUCAAAUCUGUGCCACUGCUAGUUCAUGCCUAUUAUACACUCCACAUUAACUUCCCCAGUUGUUCCACCCCCUGUUUUCCUCCCUCUCUCUCUUCCUCGGCCCCUUUUCUAGAGAGAGAAGAAGAAAUGGGAAGGAUGGGAGUGUGGUUGCUUGUGGGAAUGGUGGGAAUGCUUAUUCCUGUUCAUGGCCAAGAUCAAAUCCCAGGUUUCAUAAGUAUCGACUGCGGGGCACCAAAUGAUUACUACGACAUCGAACUCGGUAUUUAUUACAAGAAAGAUGAAGGAUUUGUAGAUUCUGGGGAGAACCGGCAAAUUUCCACUCUCUUCAUCAACGAGAACAAAUGGCAACAGUCGAAAAACUUGAGAUUCUUUCCUAACGGAACAAGAAAUUGUUACACACUUCGACCUGAGCAAGGCAAGGGCAACACAUAUCUGAUCCGCACCUUAUUCUACUAUGGGAAUUACGACAACAAGAAUCAGCAGCCCAUAUUCGACUUGCACAUUGGGACUGAUUAUUGGACCACAGUGAACACAUCCAACUGGACUUCUUAUGAGAUAAUCCACGUCCCUACGACUGAUAACAUUCAAGUCUGCCUCAUAAAUACUGGAAAUGGGGUGCCUUACAUUUCGGCACUAGAACUACGAUUGUUGGAUAGUUCAAUUUACCUGCUCAAUUCAGCAUCACUAUCGAACCACUGGCGAUAUGACAUCGGUAGUUCAGUCAUGUAUAGGUAUCCCCAAGAUAUCUACGAUCGCCUAUGGUCAGCAAAAAUUUACAACUCGACCAUACCAAUCAAUAUCACGUGGACCCCCAGUCUAAGCGACAACAACGAUGCAUACAGAGUUCCAGCAGAAGUACUGGGGACAGCUCAAAGAGCAACUGACGCCAAUUCUUCCAUACAUCUAUCUUGGCCCUCAAAUUCCACCAACAAAUGGUGCAUUUAUUUCCACUUUGCCGAAAUAGAGAGCUUGCCGAGUGGCCAAAAGAGGGAGUUCACGAUAUCCGUGAAUGGUAAAUUGGCUGAAACUGUUACUCUGGAGUACCUGAAGCCACUAACUGUUGCAUCGCCCCUGGUCAGCGGGUCCAAAAUUAACUUAUCGAUCAAGGCAACGCCACAAUCUGGCCGAUAUCCACCAAUCCUCAAUGCUGUUGAAUUCUUCACCAUUGUCGAGCUCCGAAACAUACUAACAGCAAUGGAUGACAUUACAGCUAUCAAUGACAUCAAGAAAAGGUACAGCAUAUACAGAGACAGCUGGCAGGGCGAUCUGUGUGCACCUAGAGACUUCAUAUGGGAUGGCCUGGAAUGUAGUUACGACAAUCCUCCACGAAUCAUAUCACUGAACUUAAGCUCCAGCCAAUUGAUGGGCGAUCUAGCUGCUUCGCUCUCUGAUUUACUAGCAUUAGUGUCCUUAGAUCUUUCCGGUAACCAAUUCACUGGGCUGAUACCAGAAUCUUUGGCGAAAUUGCCGAACUUGAAAUUUCUUAAUUUAAGUGAAAACAACUUCACUGGAUCUAUUCCUGAGAGCCUUCAGAAGAAGAUCGAUGACAAACAAUUGCAAUUACGUGUGGAAGGCAAUCCUCACCUUUGCCUAGAAGAUUCUUGUAAGCCGAAAAAGAAGAGGAAUUCCUACAUUAUCCCUGUAAUCGCUGCAGCUUCAGGCUCAGUUGCCAUCCUCUUAGUAGCUCUAGCUAUCAUUUGGAGAUGUAAAUGCAAGAACAAAAAAGGGCAUAGAGAAGGGACAAUCAAGUUGAAAAACCGUCCCUUCUCAUAUACUGAGGUCUUAAAAAUUACUGACAACUUCAAGACUGUUAUUGGAGAAGGAGGAUUUGGAAAAGUUUACCUCGGAACAUUGGCAAACGGCACUAAAUCUGCCGUGAAGAUGCUUUCUCGGACAUCAAGACAAGGAUAUAGAGAGUUCAAAACAGAGGCCCAGCUGCUCAUGAUUGUUCACCAUAGAAAUCUGGUUUCCCUGGUUGGAUAUUGUGAUGAUGCCGAGAAUAUGGCAUUAAUAUACGAGUUCAUGGAAAAUGGGGAUUUGAGGCAUCACUUAUCAGAUCAGAGCAGUACAUACGUCUUGACUUGGAAGGAUAGGCUACGAAUCGCAGUUGAUGCUGCACAAGGAUUGGAUUAUCUCCACAAUGGCUGCAAACCACCUAUCAUCCACAGAGACCUGAAGACUUCAAACAUCUUGUUGAAUGAGAGCAUGCAAGCGAAAAUUGCCGACUUUGGGCUAUCAAAAGCUUUUGCCGCAGAGAAUGAUUCUCAUAUCUCGACACGUCCUGCUGGCACUCCAGGGUACCUCGAUCCUGAGUUUCAGUCGUCUGGAAACUUAAAUAGGAAGAGCGAUGUUUACAGCUUCGGAGUCAUUCUCUUUGAGCUGAUCACUGGAUACCCCGCUGUGAUAAGGAGUGGAAGUGGAAACAUUCACAUUCUCCGGUGGGUGACUCCGAUCAUUGAAAGAGGCGACAUACAGAGCGUAGUGGAUCCAAGGUUAGAUGGGAAAUUCAAUGUCAACUCCGCAUGGAAAUUGGUUGAGACAGCAGUAUCAUGUGUACCGACAACUGCAGUCCGUAGACCUGACAUAAGUCGUGUAUUAGCCGAAUUGAAGGAAUGUUGGGACAUAGAAAUGGCACUCGAGAGAAGCCAGAGGAUGGGAAGCAGCAAGAUAAGAUCCACCGAGGCCUUUGAGAUGAUGUCUGUGGAACUCGAUGACUAUGAGUCUGUUCCUAUUGCCAGAUAGCAGUUUAUGUAUCUGCAUAUUCAAAUUUCUCAGGGUAUCGUAGACUGGCGUAGUGACAUUAUCAUGCGACAUGGACAUGUUCGAAUAAUGGAUGAAUAGCCUAAAUAAACAAUUUCUUCUAUAAAUAAGUUGCUUUCUUUAUUGUA